AUGUCAAGUACCAUCUAUUGCAAUCAAAACAAACCCUUAUUCAAGGUAAACAUUCCAAGAAGAGUAAGAAACAGAAACUCAAAGCAACCUUUGAAACCAAAACCUGUUACCUACGAUACCUGUUUUAAUAUCUUUUUGAAAGAUCCUAAGAAUAUCACAAUCCCUCAACCACCAAACUGGGUAUUACAAGAACUCGAGACCAUUCGAAUUAUAUAUCCAAGCAAACAGAAGCCCAAACCCAGAAAGCAAGUCACUAGUAAUCCUUCUAAACCCAUAAAUGGUUUUAUUUUAUUUAGAUCUUAUUAUUCUCGCUGGGGAUAUGGUAUUAAACAAACAAUGCUCUCUCAGCUUCUAGCUAAAUUUUGGAAAUCUUCGGAUACAGACCAAGCGCUUUGGGACUAUUUUGCGCUCCAGUACAGUACAGUGGGGUGUGAGAUGGGUGUGUGGGUGUGA